AUGCCCGGCUCUAACGGGUAUGGCAGCUCGACCAUCGAUAAGCGGGACUUCGAUUCACACCGAUCACGACUUGAUGAUACACACAUAACAAGCCAUGACUCACAAUCAACAGCAGCUGUUGGCCGCUCUAGAGCGGGAUCACGCUUUUCACGAGGCUCAUCUCAUUCUAGAAAUGGUACAAUCAGCGACGACGGACUUCUAAGCGAUGUUGUAGAGGGGAUUGUGGAACGCGAUCGCCGGAAGAUGCACAAGGAAGCAAUAAGGAUCGUGAGCUUCAUCUGGGGUGUUAUUACCUGUCUGGGUGCGGGUAGCAUUACUGCCUUCUCGUUGUAUGGGCACUUGCUACUGACAAGACUUCAAUACACCCAGCUACGCGUCAACGCCGUUUCGAUCGCAGCUGAGAUCUCGAUGUACCUCCUUGUUCCUUUAUUCGGUUUUCUAUGUGAUCGCUACAGCCCAUCGCCGCUGUCUUUAGCUUCGGGUGGGCUUUUCGGUGUGGGGUAUCUACUUGCUGCGUUUACGUAUAAGAGUGGACCCCCUCCAGAUGCUGGUGGCUCUGGAUGGCCGUUCUGGGUGAUGAUUGUGGCUUUCAUUGCUAUCGGAAUGGGAACGAGCUGUAUGUAUCUUGGUGCAGUCGCGACAUGUGCUAAGAAUUAUGGCCGAGGGAAACAUAAGGGCAUUAUGCUUGCGAUACCGAUCGCGGCGUUUGGCUUGAGUGGUAUGUGGCAGAGCCAGGUGGGGACCUAUCUUCUCUGUGAACGAGAUGUGGAAGGGAAUUGCGGUGAUGUCGAUGUAUUUCGUUACUUCCUCUUUCUCGGUGUCCUCCUGCUGGUCAUUGGAGUGAUUGGUACCUUUGCAUUGCGCAUUGUGGACGAUGACGAGGAGGAGCGGUACAUUGAUGAGACAGUGGAGGAGUUGGAACGCAGUGGCCUUCUUGAAGAGAGUGAGUUCUUCCGACCUCGAAGCGAAAUUCAGUCAGCUGUGGAGUAUGGAACAUUCUCUACGAAUGCCAAUGAUGAAGAGUCUAUUACUCUCUCCGAGGAGGAGAGGGAGGAGAGAAGGAGAGAAAAGGAGCGCGAAGAGGAAGAGCGUCGAAAGAAGAACUGGCUGCUCAAUUAUGAAACGAGAGUGUUCCUCAUGGAUCCAACAAUGUGGUGGUUGGCAGCUGGAUUCUUCCUGGUUACUGGACCAGGCGAGUCCUAUAUCAAUAAUCUUGGCACUAUUAUCCCGACUCUGACACCUCCAUCCUAUGCGCUGAAUGCGCCUCCGCCAGCUGGACUCCCAGCAACUCAUGUAACCACCGUUGCAUUAACCUCAACCAUUGCUCGCCUUCUCACUGGGUCUCUUUCGGACUACUUCGCACCACCCGCAACCCAUUUAUUCCCACCCAUUCCAUCCAGCCAUCGGCACACAGCUCAAACAGAGACUAACAACCGCACUACACUUUCCCGGAUGAUCUUCCUCCUACCAUCCGCAAUCCUACUCUCAAUCGGCUACUUCAUUCUUGCCACCCCACUCACACAGAAACAACCACCCCUCUUCCACCUCACCACUGCCCUUAUUGGCUUUGGCUAUGGAAGUGCCUUCUCACUUACCCCAAUCAUCAUCUCCGUUGUAUGGGGCGUGGAAAACUUUGCCACAAACUGGGGGAUUGUAGCCAUGAUGCCCGCUAUCGGCGCCGCACUUUGGGGAGUUGUCUACUCUGCUACAUACCAGAAUGCGUUAGAUGACAAUGAUCCCUCUGGUCAAUGUCAUGGCUGGCGAUGCUAUGGUCCUUGGGCUGUCGGCUGUACUCUCAGCGUUUGGGUAGCGAUCAUUACCUUGUUGGCUGCAUGGAGAGGUUGGAAGCGAAGAGGUGUGGUCGUUUAA